AUCCCAUCCCAAUCCCCUCCCACUCCAUCCCGCUCCAUUCCAGCUCCCUCCCGGCCCCUUCCCCGCCGCCCUCGCUCCGCGGCCGCCUCCUCCUGGCUGCGCUGGGUCCCGUUCCGCGGCCACGUCCCGCCCGACGCCGUGUCCAGCCGCAACGGCCGCUCCGGCCGCGCCGAGUUCGUGUGCUCCACGCGCGAGCACGGCUGCAACCUGGGCUCCUUCGACCCCGCGCGCGGCGCCUUCUGCUCCUUCCCGUGGAACGAGCGCGAGGUGCACAGCACCGACUUCCAGCUCCUGCUCAACCCCGGCGGCUUCGAGGCGCUCGACUGGGUGGCCGCGUCCUUCGGCAGCACGCCGCCGGGCGCCAUCGAGGGCUGUCCCCUCACCGACCUCUUCGUGGGCCGCAGCCCCGACGGGCUGGGCAAGGCGUCCAAGGAGCAGCAGGCGCUCUUCGUGGCCGUGGACGGCGAGGAGAUUUGGUACAAGUGGUACGAGGUGCUGGUGGUGCGGCAAGGCCCGGCCGCCGUCGCCGUCGACGACGUCUCCUACAACGGCACCGCGGCGGAGGAGAGCGCCGAGGACGCGGAGCUGGCCGAGGCGCCGGCCAGGAACGACGGCUGCGAGGCGGCCGCCACGUGGGUCAGCUUGGAGGAGGCCACCGAGGUGGAGCACGGCUGGAGCGCCGAGCUGCCGGCGCUGGCGGCCGCCCGCGGCGUUCUCCGCGCGGCCCCGCUGCUCCUGACCGAACCGGGCGGAUGGGAUUUGGGCAACGUCACCACCCUGCCGUGGGUCGGCGGCGCCAGCGUCGCCGAGUUCGUGUCGCGCGUGCACCGCGUCCGCCAGGAGAUCCCGGCGCGCUCCGAGUGCUCCGUGGUUCUCCGCGGGCUCCGGCGCCGGAUCCGCGUCCCCUUCUGGGCCCGGCUGACGCGGGAGUUCCGCUCGGGCCGCCCGCACCGCGUGCCCGUCGCCGGCUGGGCGUGGAGCCGCGCCGUCACCGGUGUCCGCGCCGGCCUCGAGCGCUGCCGCCCGCUCGCCGAGCUCCCGCCGUGCCCCAGCUGGGGGUGAAUCCCUGGAAUUCUGAUUUCCCCCCCCAAAAAAACCCCAAAAAUCCGCGGAAACGCUCGGCUUCGGCGCGGGGUUCGGUGGUUUCGGGUUUUACGGCAUAAAGUUCGCCCCAAAACGCAGGGAAAUGGGGUUUCUGGUGAAGUUUCCUCUUUUCUCCUCAAAAAUCCAACAAGAACACCAGGGAACCCAGGAAAA